GCGUGCCCGCUGCAGAACUGAGAGCAACGGGCGGGUGUUGCGCAUGCGCAUAAAUGAAAUACCUAAAAAAAAAAACUAUAGGAAUGAAUAAGAUAUUUCAGGAUAAGAGGGGAAGAAAACCACAAAAGCUGACUUAAAAAAUGUUAUGUAAGGGAAGACGAAGCACAUGGCAGGUUGUUGUGAGGAAAACAUUAACUUUUUCCUCUCUGUGUGUGGUGACAGAAACCUCUCAUGACAGACAUUUUAUGGUGUUGCCUCGAAUAUGUUCGAUUUGUGGGAGGUGAGGCUGGUACUUGUAGUCCUACCACAGCUCAGGACGAUUAUUGUGAACAGGUUUGGAUGUUGUGGACAAUUUCCUUCUGGAUUUAUCACCUCUUAUCAGAAGGAGAUGUUGGUGUUGACUAAAAACUAUUCUCUUCAUCCUCCCUUAUCCAUUCAUUGCCUGGUGACCUCCAUUUCUUUUUUGUGCCUUAUUACUGACACUUGUGCCCCUUGAAUGCCCAUGUUGCCUGUAUCUCUGCUGUGACCUAAAAGGGCAAAGUUGGCUUACUUUGCCCCUAUCUGUGGCAGCAAACAUGCCCAUUCAGUCCCUCGCUGAAUAUAUUGAUGGUCCUGACGGCAUCGGUAGCUCUGUCUGCUCCCAAAUGGAAAGCUCUCGCUCAUCCCGGGCCAUGAAGCGGCAAAAUGCUAUCUCCCAAAAAGCCUUGCAGGAGAGUUUUCUGAUACAUGGUGAAGGGGACAAGGCUUUUGACUGUAUGUUUUGCAAUGAGUCCUAUAAAAAUCACGAAGAACUUGGAAAACAUGUUCUGACUCGGCAUAGACCAACAUUGUGUGAGCCCACUGUCUUGUGUGUGGAGGCAGAAUAUCUGGGCCCUCAGGACAAGCGCAGGAAGAGCACAGAAGAGAAAGACAAGGAUGACCAUGAAGGUUCUGACUGCAAGGUGUGUGGUCAAACCUUUACUGACUCAGCUGACUUGGAAACUCACAUGAAGAAGCACAAGGAUUCCUUCACAUACUCUUGCAAUAUUUGCGGUAGGCGAUUUAAAGAGCCUUGGUUUCUAAAAAACCAUAAGCGGACCCAUUCCAGCCGAACUGGGGGGAAAAAUAAACAGGUGGUUGUGGAGACUCCCAUAACGAUAAAUGAGAUUGUCCAGGAAGAGGUGGCCAAAAAUGUCUCUUCACCAUAUAAGCUCUGCAUGGUGUGUGGCUUCUACUUCCCCGACAAAGAGUCCUUGGUGAAGCACAGUAAAAUUCAUGUUAAAGGAGUGAAGGCAGGAGAGAAUGCACCAAGAGAAGACCUGGAGAAUGUCCCCAAAGAAGAUUUCCUGAACUUUUUAAAUCUAAAACCCUCCAAGCCACAAACUGAUAAACCUGAACCCUCCCGCAAAUGGAUUGGGGAACUGGACCCGUUUAACACAUACCAGGCCUGGCAACUGGCGACUAAAGGCAAAGUGGAAUUGGGCUUUGGUCGUGUGAAGGAGCCAUUCUUUGAAGUCAACCCAGAGACUGAUUCUGACAAGGAUGAAAUCAUUGAUUUCUGGAAUUCAGGAAAAAUGAGUCAGCCUACUCACUUUGAGACAGACGCUACCAAAGGUGAGGAGUGUGUGAAAGACACUCCGUCACAGGAUCUGGAGGAGCAGUAUACCCACGACGAGGAACUGAAGGAGGAGCAGUAUAUCCACGAGGAGGAACUGAAGGGCCAGAGUGCUCAAGAUAAAACACCCCUCUGCACAGACUGUGGGAAGCUGUUUAGGACCCACCAACAACUAGUGCUACAUUCACGGGUCCACGGAAAGGUCCGGAGUGAUUCAGAAUCCUCUACCAUGAGUAACAUGGAAGGACUUCUGCCUGCCAGUUCUCCAGAUACUCCAGCCAGUGUGGAAGAUCAGGAGACAGUCAAGAUGGAGGAUGAAUCUGGAUCAGAAGAUACUGUAGGGGAUGAUCUAUCCAAUGAGAAAAUUGACGAUGCACAAGCGAUCUCCAAAACCAAAGGCCUCCUGGCUUCCAGGGAAUGCAGCUUCUGUGGGAAGAGCUUUCGUUCAAACUAUUACCUCAAUAUUCAUCUCAGGACCCAUACAGGGGAAAAGCCAUACAAAUGUGAAUUUUGUGACUAUGCAGCUGCACAGAAAACCUCCCUACGGUAUCAUUUGGAGAGACACCACAAGUUUAAGCCUGGAGAAUCUAACGCCCUUGUGAGGAGCAUCAGUAAGAACUUACAACUACUUAAGAGAUCGCCAGAUCCUCCUCCCAACAUGCAAGUAAGCAAGACCACCCAGAAACCCAUGGCUGAUGCCAAAGAGGACCCUUUGCACUCCAGACCCCAAAAGAGGAUGUCGGCCCUGCGGAACAAACUUGUAAACACAAAGCAGCUCUUCCAAGACGAGGUAAUGGCCACAGUCAAGAUGGAGCCAGAGAUGUCGGUACCAGAAGAACAGCUGAGGACUCCAUUUAUUACAGAGGAGGUGUCAUUGACUUGUGAGGAAACUCUUGACCCAGAAAUGUGUCCGAAUGAAGAGCAGACUUUUGAGGAAAGUCAAGCUUUCACACCUUAUACAUCAGAGGAUUCAGAACCUGUUCCCUUGGACUUGUGUAGAAAAUCUGCUAUGGACAUAUCUGCCACUUUAUAUAACAGUGCCUUAUUGGCAGUGAGGACCUGCCCAUACUGCACAUACAAAACAUUAUACCCCGAGGUGCUGACCAUACACCAGAAACUGGUCCAUAAGCAAAAUUAUGACCUUCACAAAAACAGCAGCAGGAGUAAAAACCCUGGACUUGUCAUAAAAAUAAGGCGCACUGGCUGCCCUCCAGCUCUCCAAGGGGUGGAUGUAUCUCCUACACAGCUAGAUGGUAUUGGGGUAAAGGGGUCUCCACCAGCAAAUACAAAGAUCCUCAACCAUGAGAAGCCUAAGCGCGUACCUGCCCAGUCAAACAAAGCCACUAAAUCCGACAUGGACAUUAAGAGCAUAGAGCAAGAGAAUAAACUUCAGAGUGGCCAGCAAGUUGGCAGCUUUAGGUACUUGCAGCCUGAUCUACAAGGCAUCACCCAUCUGUUAGAGCGGAUGCAGCACCCUGAACAGAAACCACCUCCUUGGACCUCUUCCCCCAACCUCCAAACCAGCAGUGGGAGCAUGAAUGGCUCUGAGCAGCCCUACCGUAUGAUGUCAUUAUUUGCACAGCACCCCUUUACCAGACCUGCUCAUUUAGAACUUGAGGAAUCCUUUACAAAGAGAGCCAAACCUGCUAUGUCCGUUUCUGCCUCUAGCAACAACUACGCAAAUGCUGAGGUCAUGAAGAGACUUCACCCCAGUCAGGUCAACAUGCACAGUGUGGAGAGGCCUCCGAUCAAGUCAGGUCCAACAGUACUGACUAGUAAUGUGCAGUAUCCAUAUGAGGUUGAUCAACGUUGGAGUCUGUUAAAGUCUUAUGAGCAGCAGCCGGUUGGCACACAACUUGCUAUGGGCAACUCUUCCCUCAAUCAGGGAUCCGCUGCAGCUAUGGAAGUAAAACGGAACGCUCUCUAUCAAAGGAUAUCCAGAAGAGGUUUUGGACCAAUUGGAAAAAGGCCUUAAUCUUAGAGUUUUAAGGGGCCUGGAGGAUCCCAGAGCAUUCCACUGAGAGCUCACAAGCUGCUACAUAUCAUCCGAAAAGUGUCCCUGAACUCUAUGGAAACUGUGAAUGUACUGAAGUUACACUAGAACUUUUUUCACUUUUGUUGAUGUACAUGACAACAAAUCUACUGUAGUCUAAACUCUGGGAAUGUUCAUUGUUCAGAGACUUUUUUUUGGCAUUGACUGGUUUAUCCCACACGACCAAAUACUGUGGGAGCCGAUUUACUUGAGAAAUUUUGUGCAUUUUGUUUGUUCAUUUUUUGGGGCCAUCUUUAAUAAGUGAAUGGCUGGGAUUGUUAUAAUUUUUUCACAUCUCUGUGCAGUGGAUUUUUGCCGCAAAUUGUGGAAACAUCAGACUGCUGUCUCUGGCUUCCUUGGUGGCUUAUGUAAUGUAGAUUGUCCUCCAAGGGAGUGAUCUGUCCUUCCUGGCCACAUGUUCUUGCCUUAAUCUAAAGCCAUUCCAGAUUUAUUUUCCAUGGUCUCAUCAGUUCUAACUCUCGCAUGGUAAAUUUUAUGUAUUUUUCCUCUUAAUUUUAUUUCAGCUGUUAUUAAAAAUUUUGUGGGAAAAACUUUAUGCAUUUGGUAAAAGUAACUUUACCUGUGGAAACCUCUGUCUGCACUGAAUGUGGGAUUGUAAAAUCUUUCCCACAGAUCCCUCAGGUAUACGGUGUACAGCAUACUAUGAUUACUGUACAUAUAUAAGGGCACAUAUAUAUCAGGGUACGCAGCAAUGCUCUGUCUUGAGACAUAAUCUUCAUAUGUUAAUGCAAACUGUACUCUGAAACUCUGAACCCCCCCUUGUAAAUACACUGAAAGGAUCACCCUUCUAGUCAGGUUAUUUUCUUGCACUACUUCAUAUCCUGUAUUGGCCAUUUGCUCCUUUAAGGGUAUGUUCACACAGCAUAUUUUGUUGCAGACUUCCUGCAGCGGAUUCUGCUAACCUUUUUGAAGUCAAUGGGUAGCAAAACCUUCAGCAAACAUGUGAACGUACCCUUAAAGGGGUAUUCCGGGAAUUUUUUUAAAUGAUCAACUGGCUCCAGAAAGUUACAGACUUUUUGUUUACGUCUAUUAAAAAAUCUUAAUCCUUCCAAUAAUCAGCUGCUGAAGUUGAGUUGUUCUCUUCUGUCUAACAGUGCUCUCUGCUGACAUGUGUCUGUCUCGGGAACUGCAGAGUAGAAGAGGUUUGCUAUGGGGAUCUGCUUCUACUCUGGACUGUUCCAAAGAACAACUCAACUUCAGCAGCUCAUAAGUACUAAAAGGAUUAAGAUUUAUUAAUAGAAGUCAUUUACAAAUCUGUUUAACUUUCUGGAGCUAGUUGAUGUGUAAAAAAAAAUUCCUGGAUAACUGCUUUAAAGGAUGCACGACCUAAAUUUCAUUGUUGGUAAAAUCUAACUUGGGCUGAGAUGGGGAAUGGUGUGGUUUGACUUCUGCUAAACUGAAUUGGUAUUGUGUAGUCAGCAGAGGAGUCAGACUGAAAGCCAUGGAUAAACCCCCUUAUAUUUACAGUCCUUUUACAUGGGAACUGUCAGCACUUCCUAGCAAUCAGUCUGUCAUUUCACCUAGGACUUGAACUAAGCUCAAGGCAGACCUGGCACCGAGCUUGGGGUUCAGAAAAUGGAGGAGGCCUAGAAGCACUCAAACCACUCCCUCCCCUGUAUCUCCCCCAUUGAUCUUUACUAGCUGCUGUAAUGUGGUUCAUUGUAUACUUGUGUUUUACAGGUAACUCCGCCAUAAAUGGUUUGACUUCUUUGUGAAGAUUUGGUUGUAUUUUUUUUUUUUUUCCCUCUGUACUCCUGUCACAUCCAGUGCUGCACAACCUUAUACCAUACUUCUGUUGCAGAGGGCUGGCUCUUCUGUUAGUGCAUUGUAAGAGGUGUAAUGUGAACAGCAGACUGUUGGGGGUCCUACAUUACCUACAAUGCAGUGCAACACAAAACUCUGGCAAUGAAGAAGAAAACAUAAUGAAAUACAACUUGAAUAGCUUUGCUGAUGAAUUCCUGGAUGCAGCUUUGGAUGUGAAUGGAGAAUAACUUUCUUAACACAUGGUUUCAGUCACCAUAUAGAUGACUACAGGAUUGAAGAUGAAUACUUGAAUGCAGGAUCUUGUGACCUUGUUUGUUAUAGGAGUUGUAUGAGAUGGCCUGUAACUUACAUUAAUGAGAAGCAUAGCCAUGUAUCUGGCCUGUAUCUUGCUAGUACCAGCCAAUCCUGACCGGUGAUGCCUCAGUAUUAAUAACUGGGAUCCUGCUGCAUUCCUCACAUCCCUCUUAUUCAUUACUUUGUAUUUAUUUCAUGCCUUUUGUUCCAGGUUGUUUUAUUUAUAUAUAAAUUUUUUGCUGUAAGUUAUGUUUCUGCCAUGUGGAUUGCAUUUUGGUUUGUAAAUAGACUUGGUGUUUUGCAAAUGGAUUGUUGUGUGAUUAUUGAUCAGUC